UCAUCUGCACGCCAUGUAUGCAUAUACAGAUUGGUGUUAUAUGUGAUCUUAGUAGUAAGAAUGGAAUUGAUAUUGAUUUUAAAUGUGUGUUUUUAAUGUCAAAAUCAUGGCUUUUGGGGGAUUGUUUUUGUUUUAUGUGUGAUUGUUUAUAGGUCUAAGCUGUUGAUCUCCCGUCGGCUGCGUAAUCGCUGUGUGUGAUUCUAGGAUUUUCCCUAGAUCUUCCUGUGUAGUGUUUGAUCCGGAAGUUUUCAGGCAGAGUUCGGUAGUUUUUGAAUGUGAGUGCAAUGAUGCUUGAUCUGGCUGGAACUUGUUCGGGAUUGUAAUGUAUUGAGACUUUUAGGAUGGAAACGCGUGUUCAUUAAAUAAUGGAAUGAUUCACGUCUUGUGGAAUACUCACAGCUUAGAGCAAAAUGGUGAAGAUUUGUUGUAUUGGUGCUGGAUAUGUUGGGGGCCCCACCAUGGCUGUCAUAGCGCUCAAAUGCCCUAACAUUCAAGUAGCAGUUGUGGAUAUCUCUGUGCAACGGAUCAAUGCCUGGAACAGUGACCAGCUCCCCAUCUACGAGCCAGGUCUUGAUGAUGUAGUCAAAGGGUGCCGAGGCAAGAACCUCUUCUUCAGCACGGAUGUGAACAAGCACGUAUGUGAGUCCGAUAUAGUCUUUGUUUCUGUCAACACUCCUACCAAGACACGAGGUCUUGGAGCAGGCAAGGCUGCAGAUUUGACAUAUUGGGAGAGUGCAGCUCGCAUGAUUGCUGAUGUUGCAAAGUCUGAUAAAAUAGUUGUUGAGAAAUCAACUGUUCCAGUAAAAACUGCUGAGGCUAUUGAAAAAAUAUUGACCCACAACAGCAAGGGAAUUAACUUCCAGAUCCUCUCAAAUCCUGAAUUUCUUGCAGAAGGUACUGCAAUCCAAGACCUAUUUAAUCCUGACAGGGUCCUCAUUGGAGGUCGGGAGACCCCAGAAGGCAAUAAGGCAGUCAAGGCACUCAAGGAUGUCUAUGCCCACUGGGUGCCUGAAGACCGCAUCCUCACCACCAAUUUAUGGUCCGCUGAGCUCUCAAAGUUGGCAGCCAAUGCCUUCCUGGCACAAAGAAUAUCUUCAGUAAAUGCAAUGUCAGCUCUAUGUGAGGCUACUGGAGCAGAUGUUACGCAGGUGUCAUAUGCUGUUGGUAAGGACACAAGGAUUGGUCCUAAGUUCCUGAAUGCCAGUGUUGGUUUUGGCGGUUCUUGCUUCCAGAAGGAUAUCCUGAACUUGGUUUACAUCUGUGACUGCAAUGGCCUUCCUGAAGUGGCUGAGUACUGGAAACAAGUAAUCAAGAUCAAUGACUAUCAGAAGAACAGGUUUGUUAACCGUGUUGUUGCAUCUAUGUUUAAUACUGUCUCAAACAAGAAGGUCGCUAUCCUUGGUUUCGCUUUCAAAAAGGACACAGGUGAUACUCGCGAGACCCCUGCCAUUGAUGUUUGCCAGGGCCUAUUGGGCGACAAAGCUCAGCUAAGCAUAUAUGACCCCCAGGUUAACGAGGACCAGAUCCAAAGAGACCUCACAAUGAAGAAGUUCGAUUGGGAUCACCCCCUGCAUCUCCAGCCAAUGAGCCCCACCGCAGUGAAGAAAGUCAGCGUGGUUUGGGAUGCCUACGAGGCAACAAAGGACGCUCAUGCCGUCUGCAUUCUCACCGAGUGGGAUGAAUUCAAGAAGCUCGACUACAAAAGAAUAUACGACAACAUGCAGAAACCCGCCUUCAUCUUUGAUGGCAGAAACAUUGUUAAUGCGGAGAAGAUGAGAGAGAUUGGCUUCAUUGUCUACUCCAUUGGUAAGCCGCUGGAUGCUUGGCUCAAGGACAUGCCUGCCGUCGCUUAAACACAUCACAUACAUUGUUUGAGCAACUUUUUUGUCGGACCAGAGAUUAUAGUACUGAUCCACAGUCAGCUGGGAUUCUUUGGUUUUUUCCCCUUCAUUCAGCUCAGUUUUCUCUUAUUUGCCUUUCAUCUAGUUGGCUUUUCAGAAAGCCAUAUAUUUGUUCGAUUCAUAUAUAAGGUCAUAAGUUUUACACAUGCUAUUGUUAUUGUCUUAUGACACAGUUGGAUGAAUUCAGUUAUUUCAAGGGAAAUCAUUGACAUCAAGGUUUAUUUUUAGUA